UUACAGGCUGACAGCAUUGACACACUGCACUGAAAAAGACACACAGAAAUGGAAGACUUGAAAAUAGAAGAUGUCAACCUGGAAAUAUCUGAAAACCUGGAGAGACACAGGACCGAUGGCUUCAGCAGCUCCGAGGUCCUGGUGGUGCGAAGAGGGGCCCCGAUCAGAAUCAGCCUGAAGCUGGAGGGCCGAGCCUUCAACCCCAAGACAGACUAUCUGAAGAUCCAAGUCAUGCUAGGCCGCAUGUAUGUGGCCAUGCCAGUCACCUUCUCCAAGAAGGUUUCUUACACCCGUUGGAAAGCCUACAUCGACCGAGAGAGCCUUGACCUCCAGAACCCAUCCGUCUUCAUUUCCUCUCCUGCCUCCGCCUCAGUGGGCUGCUACACAUUCAAGAUGUGUGCCAUCACUCGGGGGGCCAAUAAGAAGAGCUGCGCGUCCGGCAAAUUCACCCUGCUCUGCAAUCCCUGGUGUCGUGCGGAUGUUGUGUACAUUCCUUUUGAGGAUCAGAGGGAAGAGUACAUCCAGAACGACUCAGGGCUGCUGUUCAUCGGGACAGCUAUGAACCCUGUUUCAAGACCAUGGUCCUUUGAUCAGUUUGAGCCUGGUGUUCUGGAGGCUUGCCUGAAACUGCUGCAAGUCAGCCCUAAGCACCAAACCAACAAAAGAAUGGACUUCCUGAACCGAAAGAACCCCGUCUACAUCGGCCGGGUCGUGUCUGCCAUGAUCAACAGUGAAGAUGACCGCGGUGUGUUGAAAGGGAAAUGGGCCGGUGACUUCAAAGAGGGGGUGAACCCCUCCUUGUGGACGGGCAGUGGGGACAUCCUGACGCAGUGGGCUGAGUCUGGUUUCAAACCAGUCAAAUACGGGCAGUGCUGGGUGUUCGCAGCCGUCAUGUGCACAGUGAUGAGAGUUCUUGGCAUUCCUUCCCGUGUCGUCACAAACUUCAACUCCGCUCACGACACAAAUGACAACCUGGUGAUUGAGGAGUUCUACAGCGAAACGGGGCAGAAGCUGAAUCGCAGCAAAGACAGCAUAUGGAACUUCCAUGUGUGGGUGGAGUGCUGGAUGACUCGCAGGGACCUGGGCUCUGGGCUGGACGGCUGGCAGGUUCUGGACCCGACCCCUCAGGAGAGAAGCGAAGGAGUGUUCUGCUGCGGCCCAGCUCCAGUCAAAGCAGUCAAGGAUCGGCGGAUUGACCUGAUUUAUGACAUCCCCUUUGUGUACGCCGCGGUGAACGCAGACGUCCACUCUGUCAUACUGAGCGAGGGUCAGGUGGUCAACUACAGCAAGGACACAGAGAGAGUGGGGUCCCUCAUCUGCACCAAAGCUAUCAGCUUCCCUAGGCUGCAGAACAUCACAGGAGACUACAAAUACAUCAAAAGCCCAACUUCAACAAUUUCAUCGAGAAGUUCCAGAAUGUCAGAGGACUCAACGUUACGCAGAGGCUCGUCCAGGGGAGUGUUGGUGGUCCUGAGCCUGGACAAAACUCCUGUUGCCGGGGAGCCUGUCUGCUUCACGGUGAAAGUCAUCAACAAGCAGAGGGUUGCCAAGAUGAUGAAGAUUCAUCUCAACGCCCAGGCCAAAGAAUACAACAACAGCCCCUCAGACACCUUCUGGGAAACUCAUGGUGUUGUAAAACUGGGACCCAUGGAAGUCAAGGUGAUUCAGCAGCAGAUCGCCCCGGUGCAGUAUGAGGACGUGGUGGGAGACAACCUGAUCAACCUGGCUGUGGUCCUGGAGGACUCGAACAGUCAGGAGCGGGUCCUGGCCUCGGAGGAGUUUAACAUCGCCAGCCCUCAGCUCAUCAUACAGAUUACAAAUGAAGAAUCCAUUGUGCCUGGCAAAGAGCAGACUGCUACAGUGACCUUCACAAACCCAUUUUCUCACAUGGUGAGCGGAGUACUGACUGUAGCCGGGGCCGGGCUGAUCCAAGGAAAGGUUCACUUCAGGAUGCUCCCACUGCGUCCAGGAGGAAGUGUGAAGCAGAGGAUCACCUUCAUCCCCAGCAAGGUGGGAGUAAAGAUGCUGCAGGCCAGCCUGGCUCUCUCAAACAUCAACUCCACCAUCAGAGGCUUCAUGAUGGUCUCUGUCAGCAGGGCCUAAAUCCUGCUUUGUAUACCUUUUUUGUUUAUGUGUCACAUUAUACUUACUUACUGUCAGCAUUGUUGAAAUUCUGUAUUUAUGUUGUAAAAAGUAAUCCGACUGAUGCCAGAACCGUUGCAGUGGAAACAUUCAGAUUACUGUCAACCUUUAUGUUUUUCUGUUGCUUUGUAUGGUAUAAAUGUGAAUGUAAAUUAUAUUUAUUUUUUUAUAGAUAUUUAUUUUGCUAUUUUUGUGUUCAAGCCGUGAAAAUCAACACAUUUCACAAACUGGA